CUUUUCUCUCUCUUAAAAAAAAAACUGACCCCCCCGGAUUCGCCUCGACCCUCGCGCCGCCGUCGGCAGCAGCCUCCUCCUCGACGCGCCGCCGUCGGCCGCAGCCUCCUCCUCGCGCCGCCGUCGUCGGAACGGGACGGGCAAAGCAACGCCCUCGCCGCGACUGAGAGGAGGCGCCCCGCCACCGACCGUCAACGUCCUCCUCCGCCGGUUAUUCCCGAGGGACGGUAUAAAGUUUUUCUUCUGUCAAGAGGGGUGUGUGUUCGCACAUUUCCUCGAGUAGAGAAGAAGCAGUAUAAAGUUGUUUGGUGAUAAUGGAACCAAAGCAUUCUGCUGAAAUGUCCAGGCAUUUGGACAAGCAAAAUCAUGCCCUAAUGGAAACAUACCGAGCAAUGUCCCAUGAGUUGCAUAAACUACAGGUUGAAGAGGAAACAAUCAUGCGCAAGUUGUAUGAGCUGAUGUCUGCAGAAGGGCUUCUCCCAAAGCACAAGGAAAAAAGGCAGCCGGAGAGAGCAGGGGAAUCAAGCGAGGAAAACGAAGAACAGGAACCAUAGAAUGUCAACCACGAAUCUGCAAUAGAUGAUGUUACAUGGGGAUGCAAGUUUGGCUGAAUAGCAACCGAUCUUAGGUAUCCACUCCAAUGGAUAUACUGUAGUGAAAAUUUUGUCUCGGUUCCAGCAGUUUGUUACCCUGUAAUUUUCCAAACUGCACAAUGGGAUCUUGAAUCUGGCUAUUGUUCUGUGAGGAAUUUCGAGACGGGUUUCAAA